AUGGAGCGAAAAUCGAAACUCAUGCGGCGGUCGUCCAUCCUUAACGUCAUGCGACGGCAAAGCAAGUCCAUGGGUGGCGUGAUCAGCUUAGAGGAUCAGGCUGCAGCCAUUGACCCCUCCAGCGACAUGCCAUCCAAAAUGGCAAGCCUGCUUAGAAUAGUGACCGGUGCCACGGUCAAUGCCGUGCAUCAAGAUUUGGCCGAAACGAGCAGUGACGCCAUUUCAGAUUGCUCCGACCACAUAAACAAAGAAAUUCGAAUCCGGGGCGAUUGGGACCAGGACAUCCGAGAUUGGGCCAAAGCUGGAUCCACCCACUCUAUGAACAGAUACUUGACCUGUUCCAACCACAAAUUCGAUGAACUGCACCCAAAUAAUCCCACCUCAUCCUCCAAUUCACGUGUCCAAGAAAUUCAUUCCUACAUACAAACCUUGACUCAAGAAAGUCAGCGUUGGCGGGAAUUGGCGCAAACCCUCAAAGAAGAAUACAAAAGCAAGCGUGCUUUUAAGAAAGAAUGUGAGCACGAGAACGAGCUCAUCGAAAACGACUACCAACUUCGGGCCGAUCAUCAAGAUCUCUUGAGACAGAUCCCUGAAGACAGCGAUAUCUUGAAGCAAGUAUUGGAGCAGGAAACCGCUCUUGAACACGCCCGAAAGGUGCUGACCUUGGCGGCCAAGAAACGUCGCCGAGAAUGCGAUGAUCUCGCCACCGAACUCGAUGUGAGCGUGAAAACUUUGAAAACUUUCUCUGAUUCCGUGCACGGCACGAAAAACGGGUUGAUGGAUCUCAUCAAGACGCAAAACUCGCAAGUCAGCUUCCCCCAAUACGUUGAGAAAUGGCUUCAAGAAACAAAAAAGCCACCAAUUGAUCCAGAAACAACUGAUCCGUGACCGGACUGUCGAGGAUGACCCUACAACAAAGCAACAAAAAAAAAGGAUUUUCAAUCGAGUCCCAUGAACCGCCCAUACCGCCCAUCUGGCCCCGACUAUCCUUACGUGAUCAUCUGCUCCGGAAUGACCAUGUCCCCCACAAAUUGGGAUAACUCGCCCCGCACAGCCUGUCGGUUUUGGAGCUUGAGGUUCAUUUGCACGGACUGUUGUUGCAAGGCCAUGAUUUCCGAACUGAUACUCCCCAAAUCUGUUUGAAAGCUCAACAACAUGUUUUGGCAACGCUGUGGAACAAGAAUCAAUCGUAAAAUGGCGGUCGCAAUGAAAUGAUGGUGUUGCUUUUACACUUUUGUUGGGGAUGUAAUAUGGGUGGUAGUCAUGAUUAAGUGUGUUUCAAAACUACAAAUUUUCAUCGAUCCUUAAUCAAUGUAAUGUAAAUUUUGUUCCUCUUUUUGGUUUGGAUGUGUCCAUGAAAUAAAGUGUUUAGUUUA